AUGUUGGAACAGAGCAUCACCAUCCAUCCCUGCUACAAGGGUUUGGAGGACAAAGCAAUCAGGCCCACUGAUUGCGAGAUAAGUACCGACGUCACCCAAAGCCCUACCCUCCCCAAAGGAAUCCCACACAAGUCCAAAAGCGCCACCCUUGAGCGCACCUUAGAGGCCGAAAGCGUCAUGGGAACUACGUCGAACACCCCCAAACCUACGAAGAAGACGAAUAGGGUCAGAGUGUCACGACGGAAGAAAAAUGGAGAGGAAGAGCGACUGGAGCCCGGCAAAGCACACAAAACCUUCAUCCAGGUACAUAAGCUCGAGGCACAGACGGCCGGCUAUGCCCGGUUCAACGAAAGAGCGAAUUUUCGCCGCUUUGUCAUGUCGUCUCGAGUGCUCACACACUAUCUGCAUGCCUUCGCAGAUCGAACCGACAAGAAAAACGGUAAAUCCAUACAGGUCAGACAGCGAGAUGUGUUGGAAUAUAUUAGGGAUCAAUCGGCGGAGAUGGAGUCGGAAGAAGACCCGAGGAUAGUUCAUCCUGUUCAGAACGACGGUGUCCAUGCCGUCCAGAGAAUGGCACUAUCAUGUGCACAAAUGCGGCGCGACGUCGAAAAUACCGCGGCUGGCGUGCGUGGGUUUGACCAAAAAGAGGAAGACGAUGUCAGAGCACAAUUUUCCCAGUUCACGAACAAGAAGCUACCAUCACCGGAUUGUACCAAAAAGGAUGGAGCUGACAAAGAAGAGCUAUGGAAAAGGAAGCACAAGAAAAGUGCGUGA